CUUCGUUCGUAGACGAGGAAGGAAGGAAAUAAAAAUCAGCUUCUCUUUGAUUUUCAUUUCAGAGCUUGGUUCGUACUGUACUGUGACGAACGACGCAGCGGAAGGCCGAGGUGUCAGCUCUCAUGGGGUUGCUUGUGGAACUCCCUUUUGAGCGAUCUUGGGUUCUCUUUCACGUCCUCGUUCUGGUGUUUUAGCAUCAAUCUGGCCGGAAGUAAUUGCGCAUUUUUGAAGGGGUACAGAAGACGAAGACCAAGAAGAAGGUGGUACAGCAAAAGAGAAAGGGUAGAGAAAGGCGAUUCCUUUUGCUUUCCUGGUUCUUUCAAUGGCGGAGAUCUGCUGCGGGGUGGUGAGCGAGACCGAGGCGAACCCGGCGUGCAAGCCGACCUCGAGGGCGGCGAGGCGGCGGAGGAUGGAGAUCCGGCGGUUCAAGUUCGUCAAUGGCGGCGGCGGCGGCGAGACGGCGAGCGGACGAAAACGGAGGAAGCUGCUCGGCGCCAGCGAGAGCUCUUUCUCCGACGAAGAGAAACGCGUCGGUGGAUUGGGGGACGGUAGACUGGAGCGCAAGGCUGCGUCCGUCAGCGAUGACUCUCUGAGCCUGAUCAGAGUGACGAUGAUGACGACGGCUCUGAGCAGGACACAGUCCAGCCCGGCUGCUCUGGAGCUCCCGAACGAGUAUCCGAAGUUCGGAGUCUCGUCCGUCUGCGGGAGGAGGAGAGAGAUGGAAGACAUGGUCGCCGUCCACCCUUCCUUUAGCCGCCGGCGCGGCGAGCCCACCACCGAGCUGCAUUAUUUCGGUGUGUACGACGGACAUGGUUGCUCUCAUGUGGCAGUGCGUUGUAGAGAGAGGAUGCACGAGCUGAUAAAGGAGGAGCUGGCGGUGGUGAACGCGGAGGAGGGCUCGGCUCCGACGGAUUGGAGGGCGGCGAUGGAGCGGAGCUUUCGCAAGAUGGACAAGGAGGCGAUCGCGUGGAACGAGGGCGUGGCGGCGGUGCACAAGAGGUGCAGGUGCGAGCUCCAGUCGCCGGAGUGCGAGGCGGUUGGGUCGACGGCCGUCGUCGCCAUCGUCAGCCCCGACAAGAUCAUCGUCGCCAACUGCGGCGACUCCAGGGCCGUCCUCUCGCGCAAAGGCAAGGCGAUUCCUCUCUCCUCCGAUCACAAGCCGGAUAGGCCGGACGAGCUGAAUCGGAUCCAAGAAGCGGGUGGUCGGGUCAUCUACUGGGACGGACCUCGGGUCCUCGGAGUUCUCGCAAUGUCGAGAGCUAUUGGCGAUAAUUAUUUGAAGCCGUACGUGAGUUGCGACCCGGAGGUGACGGUGGUGGAACGGACGGCGGACGACGACUGCCUGAUCCUCGCGAGCGACGGGCUGUGGGACGUGGUCUCGAACGACACGGCGUGCAGGGUGGCGCGCAUGUGCCUGAGCGGGAGGAUCCACGCGCCGCCGCGGAAGAACGGGGCGGCCGAGCCGGCGCCGGCGGGGAUGGGCGUGGGGGAGAGGUCGGACGGGCCGUGCUCGGACGCGUCGCUGCUGCUGACGAAGCUGGCGCUGGCGAGGCACAGCACGGACAACGUCAGCGUGGUCGUGGUGGAUCUCAGGAGGUCUUGCUAGCACGAAGAACUCGCCUCACCCUUUUUUCUUUUCCUCUCUCUCUCUUUCUCUGCCGUAGCUUUUAUGCAAAAAUUUAAUUUGAAGAUCGAAAUUUGUUAAUU